ACCAGGCAGCUGGUUCACUGUUCACAUGACAUUAAACAGUACUUGAGUAAAUGUACUUAGUUACUUUCCACCACCGUGUGAAGGAAAGAAAAAAGAGUAACAACAGCAAUACCAAAGAGGGGAACACGUUAAACUAAUGCAGUCAAAUCAAAUCAAAAACAAGUCACAUGGAAGGUCACCUGCUCUUUCAGAUUUGACCCUUUUUAAAUGGUUUUAGCAAGAGAAAGGCUAAAAUUCCCACCGCCGUCGAAUGCAGCAUCAGCACAGCAGGGCUGCGUGCACUGGCUGCGCGUGGCCGCAGCUGUGCAGAUGUUCGGUGUUGUUUCAGCAGAGAUGAACAGGGAUGCUCCACUUCCUCCUCUCGUGUCAGAUAUCUUCCUCUUCCCUGCUGGAUUCCUCUUCCUCCCAUUCUCCUCCAGAGCGAAGCGGCGUGGGCGGAAGACACGCACGCGGGCACAUGUGUGUGCAUCCACAGUGUCCACAAACAUGUCCCACCCGGGCCGCAGCUCCCUGUAGAAAAAACUGAAACUGGAGAGGACUCGGCGUCUCAAGGCCACUUUGGUGAUUCGGCCUCACUUCUCAAGUUUAGGCCUCGACUUUAUCCAGACUAAGACGUUAGACCGACGUAAUAUUCAACACAGAAUUUCUGCCUCUAUUCAUUUACUCUCAGUUGAAGCCACUCACAUCUGCGUGAGGUCAAAUUCUCGGCUUGAUUUUCAUUUCGAAUCUUCAUCCGUUGCCGUGCUGCUGGCGGUCGACGGCAACCCGGGAACACUGCUCCUCAACACGUACAGGCCUACGCACCUUCGUUUUGAUUUUGAUCAGGGAGGAGAACAUCUGGCUCCUAUGAAAAGACACAUAACCGCCUCUAUCCUGUCUUUUUUUUUUCUCCUUUGAGGAAAACAGAAGGAUACUUUGGGGAAUUUUAACCCCAAGUAUCAGCAGAGAGGCUGCGAGUGUUUUUACGUAACGGUCCACUGGACACUCAGUCAACUGAACCCAUUGAGAGUUAUAAAUUAUGAAGAUGACCAGUCAUCUAAGCUUGAAACAGACCAACCUGCCCACGUAGCCCGGGCUGAUAAUAAACCGAAGCCUCUACAGGAUGAGGAGAGCAGGGAGGGAGAAAUGUUUUUCUCCAGCUGCAGAACGCGAGUCAGCAGGACCUCCUCGCUUUAGGAUGAAGUUAUCUCGUCCCUUUCGUUGAGCCAAGAGGCCGACCCGAUCCGCUGGCCCGGUUUCAGCUUUUGCCUCAAGUGGAGAUCCUUUAAAAGGUCCCUGAGGCCCUAGCAACUUGCCAUUUAAAUUUAAAGCUUACGAGGUGCAGUUUUUUCAGUGUUGCGUCGGCGUCUGUUUCCCGGUCGACAUGCGUUUCCCCUUCAUCCCACCCCCGGGAUAAUCCAAGUACAUUUCGUCGUAGCAGCGGGAUUUUCACAGGAAGCUCUCAGUUUACGUGUGUGGCCGGAGGCAAACUUGGUUUUAAGAGCUUCGUCCUUGUAGUUUAUAUCGAGUUCAUGUGAGUCAUGUUCCCGAAUUACUGACUGUGUUCAGUCACAGAAGAAGGGGCCCGACAGUGGACUUUUGAACCCGGGACGGGUCAACGGGUCAAACCCAGAAAGAGGAAGCGGGGACGUGGAUUGUGACGCUAAAAGUGGAAAGAUGAGAAGCUAAAAAAGGACGAAGUGAGAAUAGAUGUCCAGAAUCAGAAUCAGUCUGACACACAUCCUGUUAUCUGCUGAGGGACAAACAGCGCUGGAGAGUGAGACAGAGACGUAAAGAUUAGAGAAACAAAUACAACAGAGAAGAGACACACUGUACUGGGAAAAGAAGGUGGAGUCUUGUCAGUCUGGUGGAAGGGAACCACACCUGCUGGAAACGUUCCCUCCUGCCCGUCUGAGCAAACCUGCAGCGAGCGGCUGUUUUAGGGAACGACUGAGCCCGAGAGGAGGGAAAGCGUCGAGAGAGACGCACCGACACGCUGUCGGUUUCAGUCUGCACAUGGGACUUAGUGACACUAAGAAAAACCUAGAACCACACCGGCCCACUGUGAGUGAUUCGCUCCUCGUCCAGCUGAGAGGCGCUCAACAUCAGGCACCUCUUCCUCUGCUCUGCCAACACGAAGCGGGGCGGAGGAAGCGCUUUUCCCCACGUCGGGCCUUCGGCCUCUGCCACUGAUGUUUGAAGAGUCUCCGCUUAUGUUCAUCGGCAUGAUCAGACGUAUUGAGUCACUUGUUUCCACUGUUUCUCUAAACGAGGAAAUGUUGUUAAAUCACGUAUCCGUCAAGUCACUGAUCCCGAACGUAUCGGGACCAGCGUUCACAGACGACGUGUUUGUUUUCCACCAAAACGUCCGAUCCUGCAGCUCAACGUCCAGCGUCAUUAAACUGGUUCGUGGUUCUGUUCAGCACCCGGUUCAGGUUCAGGGAAGAUCCUGGUCUGGUUUAACACAGAAAAAGUUCACAGCGACCUCAGACACAAGCUGUUUAUUUACACUGAACCCAAACCAACGUCUUUCCCGAACCUGAACCAAAGAGUCGUUGUUGCCCGAACCACAGACGGGACUCUGGGUGUGAACCUGGUCUCUGGUCCGGCAGUUGUUCGUCCUGUACGCCCACCAGCCACCUCCUGGUGACUCCACUGCUCUUCAUAAAUGUGUCACUUCAUUCAUUCAUUCAUUCAAAAAAAAAGGAAAGUUGCCUCUGAGCGCGAUCCAGCCACAGAUCAUUAUAUUUCCUGCAAAAUGUGUUCGCUGUUGCAGUUCAGUGUCAUAUGAUCAUAUGAAAUGUCUCAACAACGACUGGAUGGACGAAGGUGACGGGACAGAAUCCUGGCGGUGGCAGCGUUCAGGGUUAAUUAGCUAAUGCUAACAUCAUGCUAACAUCAGCGUGUCAGCACGGCAGGCUGAGGUCUAGCAUCGAGCUAAUAGCCUCACAGAGCUGCUAACAUGACUGUAGACUAGUGUUGGCCAGAGAGAGAGAGCGAUGAGAGGAUGAGAACAGAACCACCAGUUUCCUGGAGAGAGAGAGCGAGAGGGGGAUUGCAUGAGAAUAAAGAGGGGGAGGAACAGUCAGAAAGGGAGAGAAAGAAAGGAAGUGGAACUCCUGCACAGCCUUGAAACGGCUCAAACUUCACGCUCUGAACCACACUGCAUGUGACUCCCCACCUACACCACACAGCAGUAAAUCACAUCACAGGAAAAGCCAACAACUGCAUGGGAACCUGACUGAACAUCAGACCCUUCAUACGGGAUGGAUCACCUCAACAACACCCGCCUCCCCACCAACCAUUCAGACUUCAGCAGCACCUUCACCCUCAAGGUGCUCCCCCCGCUCUAUUUCGUGAUCUGCAUCGUGGGUUUGUGCCUGAACGGCGUGGCCGCCUGGAUCUUCUUCAGAGUGUCCAGCGACUCGGGUCUGGUGGUCUACCUGAAGAACAUGGUGGUGGCCGACCUCCUCAUGCUGGCCACCUUCCCCUUCAGGCUGGCGGUUCAGCUGGGUCUGGGCAGCUGGCGCCUCCACGUGGUCAUCUGCCGCUACACCGCCGUGCUCUUCUACUCCUCCAUGUACGUGGGGAUCCUGUUCAUGGGCCUCAUCAGCCUCGAGCGCUACGUCAAGAUCGUCCGACACACCUCCUCCUCCUCCUCCUCCUCCUCCUCCUGCAGGUCCAGUUUGGGUGGGAUGUCCAUGCUGCACCUCCUGCAGAACGUCAGCUCUGCCAGGGUGCUAGCGCUCCUCACCUGGAGCCUGCUCCUCCUCUGCGUCCUGCCCAACGUCAUCCUGACCAGCCGUCCGGCCAACGAGGAGAACUCUCGGCACUGCAUGCAGCUGAAGACGCCUCUGGGCGUGCAGUGGCACCGGGUGUCCACGCUCUUCAGCGUGUCUCUGUUCUGGGUGACGCUUCUGGUCCUGGCCUUCUGCUACACCUCCAUCGCCCACCGGGUUUACCAGUCGUACCGCCGCGUGCGCCGCAACAGCAGCGACGUCUGCCGCAAGUCCAACCGCAGCAUCUUCAGCAUCCUGGCGGUGUUCUUCGUCUGCUUCGUGCCGUACCACAUCUGCCGCGUGCCGUACACUCUGAGCCAGAUGCCGUGGACGGGCUUCAGCCGGGACGCCCAGUUUCUGCUGUUCCAGCUGAAGGAGGGGACGCUCUUCCUGUCGGCGCUCAACGUCUGCCUCGACCCCCUCAUCUACGUCCUGAUGUGUCGGACCUUCAGAGAGUCGCUGCUGAGGAAACUGUCGGGGAGAGAGCGGAGGAGGUCCCUGACCACCGCCCAGAGUCUGAGCAACAUCUAGGAGGAGAGGAGAGAGGAGACAAGGAGAGGUGGAGAGGAGAGGAUAUUUUUAAAACCAUAACCACUGUAAUUUACCGGCCAACAGACGCUGGAACUGAGCAUCAGAGACAAUAAAACCUUAUCGUGAAGUGUCAGGUCUCCAUCAGCGAAGCUGAUUUUAAGAAGGAUCAGUGCAUCAACAAUGCAACACUUAACAUUGAAAUGUAAUCAUGUAAUAAGCUAAUAGAAAUGUGCAUUAAAAAAUACAGGAUUAUGUAUAUAAAAUGGUGAUCAAUUAAAUAACAUUAUGCUGUAUAUUAUUAAAUGAGAUGUAUGCAAUACGUAGGAUUCACAAAGCUUCAGAUUCGUUUUAUUUAUUGAUGAAGAACAAGGAAAAGGAAAAGGAACGGAAAGCAAAGGAAGACGCCACGUUGUGAUCCUGGUUAGCCGUUGUGGAAGUGAAACUGGACUCUGGAGACCAGACUCUGCGGUGAUGUCCAGUUCUCCUCCGGCAUCACGUUACUGGUUUUUAACUGUUUAGUGAAAUCAGCUGAUGUGGUUUUGCGGCCCCGAGGUCGCGAGCCACUCUUCUCUCCGCAGCUUCGAAUAUUCGUACAUCUGAGCUGAGGGUGUUGCUGAGGCUGAACCGUAAAUUUUAUUUAAUCUCAUGGAUUCAACCAGCCUGUAAAGAACUGCUGAACUUUUUGCCUCAGGACUGAUCAAAUAAAAUGUCAUCAAAUAAAACAUU